AUGGAGUGUCAAAGUCUCUCAACAAUAAAAGAUCCAAUAAUGUGCCAACAAAUGUUGGUGUUAGAAGUAUUGAGAAUUAUACCUGUGAUCGAUUUCAAAAGCGAGAACAUGAAACCCAAUCACAGCAUGGAAAUUUCUUUUUUUCUGUUUUCAUCACAAAGCGAGAUAAUUUCACUCGUCGUUGUCUAUCUCGCGACAUUAAUCCAAAUUGAAAUAGCUCUAAAUGGAGUGCCAAAACUAAUCAACAACUUCAUGAUGUCCGAAGGAAAUUCGGUAAUUAAAAUUGACAUCACAUUAGAUAUGGAGAAUGAGUGA